AUGUCUACGAUAACAAAAACAGUGCCAACAGAAGACAAACUAAAGAACAAAGCAAAAGAGCUGAAUAAAGCAGUCUCGGGAAGCAGCGAUUUGGACACGGUCUUGAACAACAUCAAAAAAGUCGAUAACACAUGUGCAUUUGCUAAAUGCAAGUCAAAGACAGCUGACUUUGCAAUCACCUGCAAAUUUUGCAAUAGGAGAUUUUGCACCUCACACGGCUUGCCGGAAAUUCACGGCUGUGGCGAGGCAGUGCGCCGUGAAGAACGCCGGAAAUUCGUACAUCCUGAUAUCAAGUUUAAUCAGGAGAAGCAUGAAAAGGCAUCAACAAAAUUAAGUAUGAAACUGAAACAAAUGCAACUUGAGAGGAAGGCUAAACCUGGUGGUAGUAGUAAUAAGAAGAAAUAA